AUGAGGUUCACACUGCCCAAAAAUAUCCUGCCAUCUGUCACGUUAUCCGAUGAGCAACGAGAUGCUUUGGUCAAAGAAGCAGAUACUGCCGUACAAGAGCUUGUUGCAGCGAAUGAAAGAUUUAAUUCUCAAGGAUGUACGCUUGCGUAUCCCGGCUGGAAACUCGUGCGUGCAAAAGACGGAGUACAAGUCUAUCGGCAGCGACAAAGAGCAAUCAAGCGGAAAGAAUCGGCAUCGUGCAUGCCACCAGUACUUCAAAGUUCGUUUCAACUAAAAGAAGACGAAUACUGUCGAUUUCACACAUCAAGCAGCUGUAGCAUUAUUGACGUUGGUUCUGAAAACGACACGGUAUGUUCUUCUAUGUGUGGUAUUUCAUCUGACAGUCUCAUGGAAAAAAUGAGACCACCUGGUGUGGCCCUUAUGGCUUUACAAGGCGUACUGGAUGGCACAUUAGACGACUGUAUGUUUGGCUCUGUCGCAACUACAGAUGAAGCGUGGAUGCUGCGUAGCUCACACAUCAGUGACCGUUUCGACGAUGCUCGAAUAUUAGCAACACUUCGAGGACCAACUCGUACCGAUCCCAGUCAAUUUCUGGGAGUCAAGUGGUUUUUGAAGGAGCAUCCAAUCAUAUUUGCAGGGAUCGUCCAGCAGCGUGAUCAUCUCAUUCUUGAGUCCACGGGCUUUACGAACUACUCAACAGGCGAAAGAGUUGGCUACAUGCUCCUGCAUUCAAUCAAACUACGGGAUAUUCCGGAACUUACGCAUUUGGGGAUUAUUCGGGGAGAAAUGAGUGUGUGCUACAUUUUUCGUCAAGGUGGACCUGGCAAAGUUGAGAUCUUUUGUCGCGGGUUCUAUAACUCUCGCGGAGGUAUGCCGGGUCGUUUGUCAGUGUUGAUUGCCGCAGAAUCUGCAAUUUGCUGCACUGGUGUUGUGGACUACGCAGUUAUAAAGAAGCUGCGAUGGCUCAUGACCCAUGCGAGGAAGCGCACAAUUGAUACCAAUCAGACGAAUUCUCAAUAUUGUGGAGCUUGUGCGAAGAAACUCAGCACAAUAUCACUACCUUUAGCUCGAUCUGGUGUAUCUUGCAAAAUUUGUUUUCAGAUUGUUUGCUCAAAAUGCAGCGUAAGCAAGAAAAUGACUGUGUUUGUGUCAGACAACGGAUCGAUCCUUCAACAAUCCGUGCAAUUUUGUCUGCGGUGCGUACAUAUAGCAAAACAAUCAAAUGGUUGGCAGAUGACGCAAAGCAAUUCUAGUACAUCGUCAGCAUCUUUUCAUUCGCUAAGCUCGUCUUGGUCAACCUCAGCGUCUCGUGUGUCCAGAUAG